GAUCUGAAUGCUCAGAGUCGGAAAUUGUCAACUGAUAAACUGCAUCUCGGCAACCAGCAUGGUGUAGACUCACAUAAGGAUAAAGGUGAGCGAUCACUUCAUUAAUGUGAAGAUGCUCGCUUAUUUCUUGCGAGCACUAAUUUCCGACACAUGAUCCGCCGGGGGUGACUUGGCGCCCAACAGCCUCGAACCAGCUAUGGACGCAAAUCGAUCACAUUGCGAUAAGUUACCGCUGAUACUGGACACGGACAACAGGAGACUUAGUGUUAGUGAAACCAAUUGUGACGACAGUGGACAGCCUAUACACAACUUAUCAAAACGCUUGGAGCGUUGGGCUGAACACUUUGAAAGGCAAUUUAAUCGACCGGAAUUGUCAGAUUCCUCACUGGCCAGUGAUCGCCUUGCUCUGCAGGCUGUCCUUUUGGAUCCGCCCUCAGGCUCAGAAGUUGAACGUGAGAUCGGACUGUAGAA